UGUCGGGUCGAGACCCAAGAGUUUAUGUAGUAGUAACCCUAAUCAAUCCCCUUAUUUGAUCUUCCACUUCCCGAUUACUUUGCGAAAUCUCAGCCCCAAAAACCUUUCUUUCGAUCCGGUUAUUGAAGAUAUUCUCUUGUGGCGGCGAUGGGAGAAAAGCAGAGGAAGCUGCUCGUCUUGUAUGCUUCUCAGACCGGAAACGCUCUCGAUGCGGCAGAGCGUAUUGGCCGUGAAGCUGAACGCCGUGGUUGCCCUGCCUCUAUCCUCUCCACCGACCAAUUCCACCCGAGUUCCUUACCUCAUGAGGAGGCUAUUGUUUUUGUUGUAUCCACUACAGGGCAAGGAGACUCUCCUGAUUCUUUUAAGGAGUUUUGGAGGUUCCUUCUUCAAAGAAACUUGGGAAACUCUUGGUUGCAACGACUUCGCUUUGCAGUGUUUGGACUAGGUGAUUCAGGUUACCAGAAGUACAACUUUGUAGCAAAGAAGCUAGACAAAAGAUUACUAGAUCUUGGGGCCACAACCAUCAUUGAGAAAGGCCUGGGAGAUGAUCAACACCCAUCAGGGUACGAAGCAACUCUUGAUCCGUGGAUGAUGUCUUUGUGGGGUGCAUUAUAUCAGAUCAAUCCCAAAUACUUUCCUAAAGGUCCAGAUGUGGUGAUUCCUCAAGAUGAAUUAAUUGAUCAGCCCAAAUAUAGGAUUUUAUAUCAUAAGCAGGAAACACUGGAGCCUGCAUUGAUGGUAGAAUCAGACAUCAUAGAAAGAGUCCGUGAAAUGUCACCCGGAAAAUUAUCCAAGGACAAAAGUAAACCAGACUGCUUUCUCAAGAUGACUAAAAAUGAAGUCCUGACGAAAGCUGGAAGUACAAAGGAUGUCCGCCACUUCGAGUUCCAAUUUGUUUCUUCUAGUAUCAAAUAUGAAGUUGGCGAUGUUGUUGAGCUUCUUCCAAGCCAAGAUUCUUCAGCAAUAGAUGCGUUUAUAGAACGCUGUGAUUUGGACCCGGAAUCGUUUAUCACAGUUCAUCCAAGAGAGACAGAGAGUAAUGGUUCAUUUGGAGAAGUAAUUACACAUGUCCCUAUUAAGCUUAAGACUUUUGUUGAAUUAACAAUGGACGUUACAUCCGCUUCACCUCGACGAUACUUCUUUGAGGUGAUGAGCUUCUAUGCAACAGCUGAACAUGAGAAGGAAAGACUGCAAUACUUUGCCACACCCGAGGGACGGGAUGACCUCUACAAUUACAAUCAGAAGGAAAGAAGAAGCGUCCUUGAGGUGCUAGAGGAUUUUCCUUCGGUGCAGAUGCCUUUUGAGUGGCUUGUACAGUUAGUACCAUCGCUAAAACCAAGAGCUUUUUCGAUAUCUUCAUCUCCUUUGGCCCACCCUGCUCAAGUACAUUUGACCGUAAGCGUGGUAUCAUGGAUCACCCCUUAUAAGAGACCUCGAAAGGGUCUAUGCUCCACUUGGCUCGCAAGCCUCACACCUGAACAAGGGAUAAACAUACCGGUUUGGUUUCACAAGGGCUCUCUUCCUGCUCCACCACAGUCUGUUCCGCUCAUCUUAGUGGGACCUGGAACCGGAUGUGCCCCGUUCCGUGGGUUCAUAGCUGAGAGAGCCGUGCAAGCUGAGACUAGUCCGACCGCACCAGUCAUGUUCUUCUUUGGUUGCAGAAACGAAGACACAGAUUUUUUAUACCGAGACUUCUGGGAGUCUCAUGCAAGAGAAGGAGGCAUGCUCUCUGUAGUAAAAGGCGGCGGGUUUUACACUGCAUUCUCUAGAGACCAACCGAAGAAGGUUUACGUGCAACACAAGAUCCGAGAGAUGAGGAAAGAAGUUUGGGAUUUGCUAUGUGAUGGAGCCGCCGUUUACGUGGCGGGCUCGUCCACGAAAAUGCCUUGUGAUGUGAUGUCGGCUUUGGAGGAGAUUGUGAUGGAGGAGACCGGAGGAUCAAAGGAAAUGGCUUCACGGUGGCUCAAGGCUUUGGAGAAAACUGGGAGAUACAAUGUUGAAGCUUGGUCUUAAACCCAACUUCCUCCCAUAUCAUGUAAUGUUUGAUUAUAAGAAUCAUUGGAUUAUUAUUUAAAUUGAUUUUUUAUUCACAUUGAAAGGUUCAAAGUAAAAUGAUUUGUUGAAUUGUAUGCAUUUAGGACUUAUGUAAUAUGUAUAAUUUGAUUUUAAUUUUUAAUAUAAUGAGGGGUUUUUAAUU